CCGUCAUCCCAUCCGUCAUCCCAUCCGCCAUCCACCAUCCACCAUCUUAACUCUUCUAAACAUACCUUUACUCUACUCUGUAAGGGUAAUUUGAUACUCAUCCUUCGCCUCCCUAUCAUUUGUCACCAUUGAUGGUUUGAUCAAGACUUGAUUCACUACCAUCAUUAAGUCUCCUCUGUCGCCCCUCCUCUCGCCUCCAUCCCCUCCGAGUAUCCCAGCCAGCCUGCGCUGUACCCAUCAACCCACUACAGCCGAAAUCCCUGUCCUUAUCGCCGGCGUCCAACCCCUCCGACGCUGCCCGUUGCCACCUUGCGCCCGCUUCACCAGAGUCUUUCCUUGGUUUUCAUCCUCCUGCCAUCUCCCUUUGAAUGACCUGAGGGAAUUCAACAAACCAUCUCAAUCGUCUGAUCUCGCUUCCUUCUCCGGAUGCUAAACCCCUCCGUGGCGUUGAGCCGCAUCACUUCGGCUUCUCACCUCUUGUAAGCCUCCAACUACCUGCGCCAUGGCUGCCAUCUCAACCCUGGUGUUGAGCGACAAUCUAUCACCAAAAGAACACGCUGAAGAUCUGGAUACCCCAACAACGCCACGACCUGGUCGCUUCAGUUCAUCUCAUCUUGACUCGAUCAACGACACUGCGAUCCAACACCCCCGACCAUCUCCAACUUCCUCCCAGCCGCCACAGCCAUCGACCCUGCCUGUUCAGCGAGAUGGUCCUGGUCCUGCUAUACAACAUGGCAGAGGACCUAGCUCUGGCGGUGGUGACCGAAACUCAGCCGCCGACAUGGAUUUGGACGACGAGGACUUAGAUGAUUCAGACAAUGAGGAGGAGGAUGGGGCCGAGGACUCGGCCUCUCGCAAGAAAAAGGGGCAACGAUUCUUUUGCUCAGGCUAUCCACCCUGCAAUCUGAGCUUCACACGUAGCGAGCAUCUUGCUCGUCACAUCAGAAAACAUACUGGGGAACGGCCGUUUCAGUGUCACUGUAACCGCAGGUUUUCGCGUCUCGACAACCUACGCCAGCAUGCUCAGACGGUUCACGUUAAUGAGGAAAUCCCCACAGAUUCCCUUGCCGCAACUGGAACACGUUUCCAGCGACAGAUCAGAACUGAUCGAGUGCGUCCAACAGGUCGGCCGCGCACAGGGACCGCUGGAAGUACCGGCGGCCACAGUCGAGGCCACAGUCGAAACCUCUCGACCUCCAGCAUUGGGUCUACUUCUUCCAACUAUAGUGUCGUUACCGAAGCGAAACGAAGGCCACCACCGCUUCUCAUGGCCAGUGAAUCCAACAGGAACAGCCUCGUUCUCGAACCCCCACAGACCCCUCCAGCACAGUAUCGUGGGUACGAAGCCAGUAAUGGCAGUGGCUUCAGUACCCCUACUUCUGCCAAUUUCUCUACCACGCCGGGAAGCCCUGGGUUUCUGUCCUCCAUAGGAUCCCCUCCAUCGUCUCACUCCCGGCGUGGUAGUUUCUACUCUUCCAGACCACCAGCUCGUCGACUUUCUGUGCCCUCAGGACCCAACCCAUUUCAAAGCCCCUAUCCACCAGCAUAUCCCAUGACAUACAUGAACCCGGGUGGCUCAUCCGACCCUCACACGCCUCCAAAUGCACCCUCGUUUGCCAGCCAACCAUCCAGCUCAAUUACGUUUCAACAUGGACACAGCGUAUCCUCAACUGACGACUGGAGAAGACGAACUUGGCACCCAUCAACCCACCCUGCCACCAACCUCAACUACGGCAGACCGGCUACCAGCGGCUUGACUUACUCGCAAACUCCCGAUGCCCCUCAACCCGCCCACGCACAUCAUGCCAUUGCAGCUGCAGCGCAGGCUCCGCGACUUCCUGGAAUCGAAAGUUUCGACCACGUCCAGCAUCGGCCGUAUACUCCCCCACGACGACAACCAAGCCCGAUGCAACUGGACGGGCACCCAGCGGACACAGCACCGCCCACUACGGCAAGGUAUUCUGACUACAACCACCGACCAGGACACGUGGCAUGGGAUAUUCCACGCCCAAGUCAGUAUCCCGAAUUAGACGACCACGUUGACCGAAACCCACCAACGGCCAGUUGGGGCCAGCAGACCCUUCACGAACUCCAAAAUGUCGGUGCACGACACACUGAGGGGCAACAACGGCCGAAUGAAACGCUUGGCCCAAUACCGUUUCACGGCCCACCCCGUUCAAGGGAUGGGCAUGACGCGCAGGGCUCGGGGCGCUAUGCGAAGCGGUCGGCGUGGUACAAUGGCCCCGUGAUGGCCGCUCGCACAUCGCCUGAGGAUUCCAGCAGUAGCGAUGGAGUUCCUACUCCCGGCAUGACUGCAGUCGAGGUGCACCCUAUGAUCAUGAAUAGCCAUGGGUACAUGGAACCACCGCAUUCCGCAAUGCAAACGGAUGCGCAACAAACCGCAUGCCUUGCUCCACCGGCCUACAUGGACUCGGCACGCCACCAGCGCAAUUCUUCCUUUGGUAGUCGUGGCGCCCACGGUGGUGAGAUGAAUCGUCUCGACGCGCUCGUCGCUGUUGCCACGAGCGGUGAAAUGACCAGAUGACACGUCGGCUACCGACAAUCCACAGGCUCUUGAUGAACGCCUUUGGUCUCAUAUUGAUGAUCUGUGAUGCCCAAGAGAAUAUGACGACGAUUACGAGAAAUAUGGAGGUACACUAUUCUACCGGGCAGCCCUUUUGAGGUUUGACACUUGACGGCCCACAUUUGAGAGAUACCCAUGACGACUCUUUUUACCAAUUUCGAUUCGGCUGUGUGUUUUUGGCUCUGAAGUUUCAUGGCUUCGUAUUUUUGGCAGCAACAACAGGUAUUCUGGAUUUGUGCAAGCGGGAGUUUGAGAGAACCUCACUUUGGGUAUGGCAUUGCGCGGAAUCUCCAACUUAUCGAUCAAUCUUGUUUCGACUGUUCGCUCCGCACAGUGAAGAGUAAAGGGUUGGCGGAGUGGCGAUGACCUCGCCUGGCUUCUUGACAUCACUCGUUAACUAUUUUGCGAUUUGCUACCGGAUCGGAAGACUCUCUCUUGUGUACGGAUUUGCAGCAAGUCCUUUUGCCUCUCGACGUGGUGUGAGGACGGUCGUAUGGGGAUAUGUUCCAGCUGACUCAAUUAUACCCAGCUAGCCUAAUAUGACCACCAUGAAUCUUGCACGCAUAUCCAUCUGGUUUUUGUCUGGAUCUUCAACAUUAGCCUUUGGCUUAGCACAAUUACCCUUUCUGCUUGUUACCUUUCGACACCAGCUCGGCCCCACGCAGCAUACAAGCGAAAGGUCCGCCACAAGCGACCCGGACUAUCCACAUAAUAACCAAUCCUAACAGUCCAGGCGAGAGUCGAUCUUGAAGCAGCAGUAAGAGCUUCAACCACCUAGUCCUAUAAUAUGAAAGUGGCUGGUCCGGAUAUCGG